AUGGCGGGCCCGGAGCAGUCCCAGGGGCAGUCCCAGCAGGUAGAGGAAAAAGCUGAGCAUAUAGACGACGCUGAGCUCGCUCUUCAAGGUAUCAACAUGCUUCUCAACAACGGAUUCAAGGAGAGCAACGAGCUUUUCAGAAAAUAUAGGACUCACAGUCCACUGAUGAGCUUUGGGGCCAGUUUUGUCAGCUUCCUGAAUGCCAUGAUGACCUUUGAGGAGGAGAAGAUGCAGACGGCGUGUGACGACCUGAGAACCACGGAGAAGCUGUGUGAGAGUGACAACGCUGGCGUCAUAGAGACAAUCAGGAACAAAAUCAAGAAGAGCUUGGAACCCCAGAGGUCAGCGGUCGUAGUUGUGGACCGCCUGCAGCGACAGAUCAUUGUGGCCGACUGCCAGGUCUACCUUGCUGUGCUUUCCUUCGUCAAGCAGGAGCUCUCAUCAUACAUCAAGGGAGGCUGGAUCCUCCGUAAGGCCUGGAAGAUGUACAAUAAGUGCCACAGUGACAUCAGUCAGCUGCAGGAGACCUGUGUGAGGCGCUUUCCCUCCCAUGAGGAGGAUCUGUCCUCAGACCAGGCCAAUCACAACUCCCCAGUGGAGGGCGCUGUGACUGAAGAGGCCCUGGACCGGCUCAAGGGCUCCGUCAGCUUCGGCUACGGCCUCUUUCACCUCUGCAUCUCCAUGGUACCACCACACCUACUCAAGAUCAUCAACCUGCUGGGUUUCCCUGGUGACCGUCUCCAGGGUUUGUCCUCCCUCAUGUAUGCCAGUGAGAGUAAGGACAUGAAGGCCCCACUAGCUACGUUGGCCCUCCUGUGGUACCACACAGUAGUGCUGCCCUUUUUUGCACUGGAUGGUUCUGACACUCAGGCAGGCCUGGAGGAAGCCAAGGCCAUUCUGCAGAGGAAGGCUGUGGUCUACCCCAAUUCCUCCCUCUUCAUGUUCUUUAAAGGACGUGUUCAGAGGUUAGAGUGCCAAAUUAACAGUGCGCUGGUGUCCUUCCAUGAUGCACUAGAGCUGGCAUCAGACCAAAGAGAGAUCCAGCACGUGUGUCUCUAUGAAAUCGGCUGGUGCAGUAUGAUAGAGAUGAACUUUGAGGAUGCAUUCAGGUCAUUUGAGAGGCUGAAGAAUGAGUCCCGGUGGUCACAGUGUUACUAUGCCUACCUGACUGGAGUAUGUCAGGGAGCUGCAGGGGACUUGGAUGGUGCCAAGUGUGUCUUCAAAGAUGUCCAGAAACUGUUCAAGAGGAAGAACAACCAGAUUGAGCAGUUUGCCCUCAAGCGGGCGGAGAGACUGAGGAAGAUGUCUCCCACCAGAGAACUGUGCAUUCUGGGAGUCAUAGAGGUGCUGUACCUGUGGAAGGCUCUGCCCAACUGCUCCUCCUCCAAACUGCAGCUCAUGAAUCAGGUGUUACAGAGUGUGGAUGACGCAUCGUGCAGGGGUCUGAAAAACCUCCUUCUUGGUUCCAUUCACAAAUGCCAUGGAAAUAAUAAAGAUGCUAUCCAGUCGUUCCAGCUGGCAGCCAGAGAUGAGUUUGGUCGACAGACCAACUCUUAUGUGCAGCCAUACUCCUGCUAUGAGCUUGGAUGUGUCCUGCUUGCCAAGCCAGAGACGGUGGGAAAAGGGAGAGCUUUUCUGCUUCAGUCAAAGGAGGAUUAUGCAGGCUAUGACUUUGAGAACAGACUUCACGUGCGCAUACACUCAGCCAUGGCCUCGCUGAAGGAAGUGGUACCUCAAAGACCCGCCGACCACUGA